UCGAGGGCGGAAGAAGCACGGCCAAUACUUGCGUCGCGACGUGAGCGUGUUGGCGGACCCUUCAGCCAGACUUUCCACAGUAACCCACGUAGAGUGGCACGAAUGUGACCCAUCACGGAGUCGACUAUAUCACGGUUCUUAGUUGAAAGCCCUAUGCGUUGAAUGCAGCUACUGCUCGUUGCCUCAAAUGGAAACGACUCCCAACGCAACCGGCAAGACUCCGCGUGUUCUAGCAUGCGUUCUCUGCCAGACCCGGAAGAUCAAAUGUGACCGGAAUAGUCCUUGUGCGAACUGUAUAAAAGCCAAUGUCAAGUGUACGCCAAGCACUCCCGCGCCAGCCAGGAAGAGACGCCGGCCCAAUCAAGACCUUCAACAGCGACUCGCCCGAUGUGAGGAGCUGCUCUCAGAGUAUGCUACCAAGAAGCCGGACGACCAUUCCUCCGACAGCGGCGAAGGCAAAGAGCCAUGGCGCCCUUUCGGACAGCUGAUCGUUGACGGCGGCGGAGGCGUAAAGUUCAUGGACAGUUUUCUUUGCGCUAACAUACAUGAUGAGCUUCGAGCCAUGAGAGAGAUUCUUGAUGACGAAGACAAAGACGACGAGUACAGCACGCCAAUGUACGAUCCAUCAACGAAUGGAUCAUCACCUGAUUUGAAUUCGGGGCUGAUCCUAGCCGAACACGGAACCGGAAAUGUGGACAACCUACAUCCUGAGCCGGGCCACGUUUUCCAUCUGUGGCAGACUUUCCUCGAUAGGAUCAACCCCCUUACGAAAGUGAUCCACGUGCCCUCAUUGCAGCCGCUCGUCGUUGUGGCUGCUGCAAAUCACAAACAAAUGCCCAGGAACGUCGAGGCGCUGCUCUUUUCCAUCUAUCUGAUGGCAACAGUGUCCAUGUCGGAGGAAGAGUGCUUGGUGCAGCUGGGCUAUUCUAAAUCUGAAGCACUGGAGCGAUUCUCAAAGGGUGUGCGACUUACCCUUAUGCGGAUAGGAAUACUCAGAUUCUACGACAUGAUCGUCCUCCAGGCGCUUGUCUUAUUCAUGUUGUCACUCUCGGGGCGGUACGACAGACAUGCUGCGUGGAUUUUGAAUGGUACCAUUGUCAGGAUCGCGCAAAAGAUGGGCCUGCACCGUGACGGCGAGAACUUUGGCCUUUCGCCGUUUGAGUCCGAGAUGCGCCGGAGGAUAUGGUGGCAGAUCGUGAUGAUUGAUUCCAUGUAUGCCCUGAUGUCUGGCUUGGGCCAGUCCGUUCUGCCACGAGGGUGGGACACCCGAAAACCCGCAAACCUCGACGACACGGACCUGUUUCCUACGAUGACGGCGAUACAAUCCAAAGACGUGCCCACGGACAUGGUGUACUGCUUGAUCGCGUACGAGAUAGGGAAGCUGCUGACUGACAGCUCUUCAUUGGAGCUUGUCAUCAUGCGGAACGAAAGAGCCGCAGUAAAUCCGCCAAACGACGCAGAGGUCAGCAAGGCUCGGAAGCGCAUUGACGAGGCUGAUGCUGUCAUGACUCGGAUCGUGGAAGAGUACUGCGACCCUUCGAUGGGAGCGAUACACCAACUUGCCAAGGACUCGAAGGUCAUGUUCAUGGCCAAAUUGCGGGACCUGGUGUGUCCCCCGCAAGACCAACCAGAGUGGGGGUCGGAACUGUUUACGGCCAAGGAUAACCUCUUCAAGAUAUCAGUCACGACCUGUGAACACAGUCUGACCUUAUACCGGGCUGUCAGGACUCAUGGGCCCUUCCUUUGGUUUGUAAUGACACACUUUCAGGUCGAGGUCUUGGUAUACAUGGUUGGGCAACUGAGCGCAAGGACGUCAGGACAACUGGUGGAGAGGGCAUGGGCAGUUUUAGAAGCUUUCUACGGCUUGCACACGCCGCUUCUCGACCUGACAAACAAGGUGCACAUGGCACUUGCAGUACACACAAUGAGGGCGUGGAAACUCCGACGAGCGCACAUCGAAGAGACGACUGGUGCCCCCCCGAAGGUGCCCCAGUUUGUGCUCACCCUGGAGACGCUGUUACCAAAGGACGAAUCGCAAUUCCACACCCCGGCCAGCGCCAUGGCGAUGCCAUUCCCUCCGCAGGUGGCACCCUCGACGGUUGUGAUGAAUGCGCCGAACGGGUUCGAGGUGCCCUGGGAGCAGGUGCUGUUUGUGGACUCACAGACGAUGGACUGGAACAUUUUUGGGACGGGCAACGGAGUGAACGGGGUGAGUGGCGCCCCUGACUUUGGACCCCUCGGCACGGACUACGGCAUCACGAACGACACCUGGACGUGAAAGUUUGGGGCAGCAUGUGUAUGAUUCAUGGUUCUGGAUUUACCCGGCGUCACACAGC